AUGUUCAGCUGUCUGCUAGAAGACAUAGAACCGGCGGACAGAAAACUAUGGCCACCCGCAGUAUGCGAUACGCUUUCAAAACUGGCCGAAGAGGAACUUUGUGAAUGUCUUAACCUUACGAAGCUUGUCUUUGAGCUGUCCCAACCGCUCCGUGCAAUGGACUGCGGUUCGCAGGACCUUUGUCCGCCUCCAGUGAGGUCCUCGCUUCAACAUGAAAGCCUGGAUCGAGAGAUGAAGCAUAUGUUUACGAAUGCGCCCGCUCAAAAUAACGAGCCAGAGGAUAUGGGACUACAGCCUGUAUAG